GGAUUCCAUUUCAUCCAAACCGACAGAGACCUCUUCCUCUUCAAAUCAAUCAUCGCCCUUCGAUACGAUCCGUUUUAUUCAUCUCCCGAUACGGAUCGGAUACCGCUGUCUUUACAUUAAUACAACAAUCCUGUUUUGUCGAUCGACCGCGAUGCAAUCUUCGAUUCCUCGACCGUCUGUCGCCGACAGCACCGACUGCCCUGACGCGCCCGUCGCGGGUGUCAAGGCCCGCACUGAGAGCAUCUCUCAAAAGUCAGAUAACUCACAAACUGCUGCUGACUUCAUUCGAGAUCAGCUGCGGCUCGAGGCCGAUGCGCGAGAAGCACUACCAUUCAGUAUUGAUCACUGCACGAAUCCCCUUGGUCCUCUCCGACAGAGCGUUUUCGCCUGCAUGACAUGCAACCCCCCGCCACCCAACCCCUCGGAUUCCUACGAUGCCGCCGGCGUCUGCUACGCCUGCUCGGUCCAAUGCCACGGCGAGCAUACCCUCGUCGAGAUCUUUGCCAAGCGGAACUUCACAUGCGACUGCGGCACUACCCGAUUCCCCAAGUCGAGCGCGUGCACUUUGCGCAUCCACCCGCAAACGAGCCUUAAGGGGGGUGUUCAUUCGGAGGAACCGAACCCAAACAACAAGUAUAAUCACAACUUCCGGAACCGCUUCUGCGGCUGUCAGUGUGAUUACGAUCCCUUUGAGCAAAAAGGUACCAUGUUCCAAUGUCUCGGGUUGGGGACACACGAAACGGGAGGCUGUGGUGAGGAUUGGUGGCACCCUGGGUGUGUGGUCGGGCUGGGCCCGAAAUGGUUCGAGAACCUGGCGGAAAACAAAGUGAAGCCAGAAGUUAAGGAUGUGAACGGCCCGCUCCCGACAAUUAACGAGGAUGCCGAGGCCACGGGGCAGACUGGGAACGAGACGAAUGAACAAGCGGAGGAGGAUGACAACGACCCCCCGCCUCCCCCAGGUUUCCCCGCGGAGGACGAGUUCGACGGUUUCAUCUGUUACAAGUGUGUCGAGACCCAUCCGUGGAUCAAGAGAUACGCUGGCACCCCCGGGUUCCUGGAGCCCGUCUUCCUCAAGCAAGGCAGUGCAGGGCUCGAGUCUGCUUCGGCAACGCCCCCCGUUGUUGCCGCCCCCGUCGUUACCAGCACCGGGGAGUUGGAUAGCGCUUCCAAGAAGCGCAAAGCCGACGACGAAACCGACUCACAAACCUCUAAGCGCCCAAGGAGUGAGGUCGAUACAAGCGAGCCAUCGCUAUUGCCCACUUGCAAACUCGCAGGACUCCCGCCACCCCCUGCAACAACCACACCAUUCUCUCUAUUUCUAACCCCGUCCUUCCGCACCAAUCUCUGCCAUUGCCCGUCAUGCUUCCCCCUCCUCGCACCGCACCCGCAGCUCCUCGAGGAAGAAGAGACGUACGAGCCGCCGGCGGAGGAGGACACCGAGGACAACCGCAGCAGCAACGGCAGCCUGCUGGAGCGGGGCGAGAACGCGCUGCGCAACGUCGACCGCGUGCGCGCCAUCGAGGGCGUCAUGGCCUACCAGCACCUCAAGGACAGGCUCAUGCCCUUCUUCCAGAAGUUCGCCGAGAGCAAGCAGGCCGUCAGCGCCGAGGACAUCACCGCCUACUUUGCCAAGCUGCGUGGUGACGACGAGGCGAUUCGGGAGGCCGGCGAGCGGGCCGGGAGGGAGGGGCCUAGUGCGAGUGGGAGUGGGGAUGGCGAGGAUCCGAGGCGGGAGGAGAACGGGUACUGAAAUUCUUUGGGGUUGUGAUUAAAUUGGGAUGGCGUUCACUGGAGGUUGGCUGUGUUGAGAUUGGGGGCGUUUGCUUGCCCUCGGGCAUAUGUCGUCAUGACGGUCGGAUUUGUGCUUUUUUUCCGCCCAAGGUUGGGUGAGGGUGAUGAUUGAGCCAAUUUGCAAUGAUAGCCUGGGAAUUCUCCGGGGAAAAUGACUGUCUUAAAUACCUGACUGUCACUCCUACCCUCGGAAUGCCCUCGUGAGCCUGAAGCGAAGCCACCAACCACACUUCUUACGUUAAACCCCCCUGAGCUACGACGUCACGCCACAAAGUAUGAACUCUAUCCC